AUGGUUGCCACCAAAAGGAAAUACAGUACAAUUAGAGUCCUUUACAAUCAAAAUGGAGCUAGGCUUGACACUUUUGACGACAUGUCAAAUGAAGUGGUUAGUUUCUUUGUGAACCAACUUGGAGUGGCUGACCCUGCGGUUAAGGCCAGUUCAGUUAGCAUUAUCAAGGAUAUCCUUGGUUUUUCCUUGACAAGUGAAGUUGCAGAUACUUUAUGCAUAGCUAUUUCUGAGGCUGAAAUUAAGGAGGCCUUAUGGGGACAAGGCAACAACAAGUCCCCUGGCCCUGAUGGGUACAAUGCCUUCUUUUUCAAAAGGGCAUGGUCUAUUGUUGGAGAGGACUUCCUGGCAGCUGUUAGGUACUGUUUUGAUCACUCUUUCAUGCUUCCUUCUUUUAAUGCAACUGUUGUGGUGCUUGCCCCUAAAAUUCCUAAUCCUAGCUUAGUGAAGGAUUUUAGGCCCAUAUCCUGUUACACGGUUGUCUACAAAACGGUUACAAAGAUUUUAGUGAACCAACUCUCUUCGGUCUUCCCUAACAUGAUUUCUUUAAAUCAAACUGCAUUUGUGAAAGGGAUGAGCAUAAUAGACAAUACCCUCCUUGCUCAGGAAAUCGUAAGGGGUUACUCUAGAAGUAAGAUAUCCCCUAGAUGUGCCCUUAAAGUAAACCUACAAAAGACUUUUGAUUCCUUAAUUUGGGGUUUUAUUAAUGUAAUCUUGCAUACCAUGGGGCUGCCUGAGAAGUUCAUAGGCUGGACAUGGGCUUGCUUUGCUAAUCCUAGAUACUCCAUUAUUUUCAAUGGUAGUCUUGUUGGAUACUUUAAAGGUGCUAGAGGAGUGAGACUGGGUGACCCCUUAUCACCUUACAUCUUUGUCCUAGCAAUGAAUGUCUUAUCUAAUCUCUUAAACAUGGCAGCUGCAAAGGGUAUCUUUAGCUAUCACCCUAAGUGCAAGAGGAUUGGGCUCACCCACCUCUGUUUUGCGGAUGACCUCCUCAUAUUUUGCAAGGGUACCUUAGAUUCUAUCAUGGGAGUACAGGCUGUGCUGGACCACUUUUACUCCAUGUCAGGGCUGAAGCUCAAUGCCAGCAAGUGUGAGUUGUAUGCUGCGGGCAUCCCUGAUGAGCAGCUCGCAUCAUCAAGGAGAGCGCUGGUUUCAAACUGGAGCAGGCAGCUUAUUCUUCCUCAAGCAAUUAUCAAGAAGGUUGAGCAGUUGUGCCCUUGUUUCUUCUGGAAAGGGUCUGAUACCCCGACCAAAGGUGCACGUGUGAGCUGGAAAACUAUUUGUUUGCUGAAAUCUGAAGGUGGAUUGGGGAUACAUGAUAUUGGUGGCUGGAAUAAAUCCUGCUCUGUUCAGUUAAUCAGAAAACUUCUGGCAAACAAUGGCUCCCUUUGGGUGGUGUGGAUGCGUUCUUAUACCAUAAGAAAUGCUGACUUCUGGCAGAUGGAAGUCCCUAAGAACGCUAGCUGGAGCUUCAAAUACUUGCUGAAAAUCAGGCCUGAAGCUGCUCCCAUCUUAGUGGGUCAAGUCCAAGAGGUUAGCACGAGUUACAUCUGGGAUAAGCUUUGCUCCCCAGCUCCUAAGGUUCCCUGGCACCACUUGGUCUGGUUCUCAGGUCGUAUCCCCAAGCAUAGUAUCAUCGUCUGGAUGACCUUACUUAACAGGCUCCCUACUCGGGUAAGGCUUCUGCGUAUGGGCCUAGACAUAGAAACAGAUAAAUGCUUGCUGUGUGGUGCAGAGGCAGAGACAAGGGAUCAUUUAUUCUUUGAGUGCCAAUUUUCUAAAGAGCUUUGGGGUUUUAUUCUCAACCUUUGCUGCAUUUCUCGUAAAGGUUGUAGCUGUGAGAGUGAACUGGCUUGGGCUUCCUUAUUAUUCAAGGGUAAGUCCCUCAUUGUGGGUAUCCUUAAGCUUGUCUGGUCUAGACACAUUUAUUGUAUUUGGAAUGAAAGAAAUGUCAGAUUGUUCGGGAAUAGGGCAAGAUUGAAGGAUGAGCUUCUAGGUGACAUAAAAGAGACUAUACGCAUCCGACUGGUGGGCAAAGUUUUAAACCGGUUAGACUUGGUCAAUAAUGCGCUGUGUGCCAAUUGA